UCAGUCCCUUCUCCUCCAUCUCUCCCCAAGACUGAAUCUUAAAUCUUUUAACACAGAGUAAAACAUGACAAGGCAAGUGAAGUUGCCGUUUAGUUCAGUAGUCACCGUCGUUUUGAUCUCUGUGAUCUCUACCGUCCGAUCAUGCUACCCGUCAGAUCGUACGGCUCUGCUCGCUUUCAAGUCUUCUCUUAGCGAACCAAACCUUGGGAUCUUCGACACGUGGACAGAAUCCACAGACUGUUGCAAGCAAUGGUAUGGAAUCAGCUGCAACCCGGACUCGGGUCGGGUCACUGACAUCUCUCUCCGCGGCGAAUCCGAGGACCGGGUUUUUAAAAAAACCGGCCGAUCCGGUCAUAUGACCGGUUCGAUUGACCCGGCGGUUUGCGAACUGGUUAGCCUCAACUCCCUCGUCCUCGCCGACUGGAAGGGAAUCUCCGGCGAGAUCCCGGCGUGCAUAACCGCCCUAGCUUCGCUACGAGUCCUCGAUCUCGCCGGGAACAGCAUCACCGGCGAGAUCCCGACAGAGAUCGGUAAUCUCCGUCGAUUCGCCGUCCUCAAUCUCGCCGAAAACCGGAUGUCCGGCGAGAUUCCGCCGUCAUUGACGUCACUCUCCGAGCUCAAGCACCUGGAGCUGACCGAGAACGGAAUAUCUGGCGAGAUCCCGUCGGAUUUCGGGUCGUUGAAGAUGCUGAGCAGGGCGUUACUCGGUAGGAACGAACUCACGGGGUCGAUACCGGGUUCGAUAGCGGGUAUGACCCGGUUAGCGGACCUGGAUCUAUCCCGGAACCAUAUUUCCGGUCAAAUACCGGAUUGGUUGGGCAAAAUGAAGGUACUGUCAGUGCUGAAUCUCGAUGGAAACUCGUUGUCGGGUCAAAUUCCGGGUUCAUUACUGAGCAAUUCGGGUUUGGGAGUGUUGAAUCUGAGCAGGAACGGGUUGGAAGGAUCCAUACCCGACGUAUUCGGGUCAAAAACGUACUUCAUGGCUCUUGAUCUGUCGCACAAUAACCUGUCGGGUCGGAUCCCGGAUUCGUUAUCGUCAGCGAAGUAUGUGGGCCAUUUGGACCUUAGCCAUAACAGGCUUUGUGGGCCCAUCCCGAUGGGCUCUCCAUUCGACCAUCUGGAGGCGACGUCGUUUAGUGACAACGAGUGUCUCUGUGGUAAUCCCUUGAAGACUUGUUAAUAACAUAAACAUGGGUGUGCCGAUUUGUUGAAACCGGUUCGGUCCAUUUAGUUUCUUGUUGCCUGGUACUAGUUACACCCAAAGUGUUUGUAUUUUCUUUUUCUUUUUUAUAUUUGGAGAAUUAAAUCUAUUUUAUGAUGGAUGGGUUGAUGGACUUACA